GCUCCCGCCGGGGAGGUGGGGACGGUGAGCAGGUCCGGUGUGUCCGUCCUGGAGAAGUCAGCGGCCUCCACGUACGUGGAAGGAGACGGAGGUUUCGUCGAUGUUGAUGGCCUCGGGCUAAGAUAAGCGACCAGCGCCUCUUUCAGGAUGGUGCGCGCCUUCCGAAUGAAGCCGCAAAUUCCUUUUUAAUGCCUCACACGCCUGCAGGCGCUGGAAUGGAAGCCACCGGUGAAUUACUUUACCGAAUGGGCUGAGCAGGACGUCAGCUUCCCCUCCUGCUGCUUUCCCAAACGGAGGGUCUGUUUUCCAUGGCCUUUGCUGGCGGUGAUUUGGUGAAGGGAACCUGGGCGGGGACUGCAGAGGCCCUCCCUUUCGCUGCCCUAUAGCAGCUCUUCCCCUUGGGGGAGAAAGCUGGGAUUGUGAAGUGCAUUGGAGAAGGGAGGAGACAGGCUCCUUUCUUGAUGUUUUAUUGGGUCCUGACCGGAAGAGUGAGAGUAAUAAUAGGUUGAGGCAGUAUCAGUCAUCGGCCUUUCAAUAGGAAACGCAGUUGGUCUUCACAUGGAACUGAGAAAAGGUAAGCACCUUUUGCUGUGUCUCUCAGUCACACCCGUAACAGGAAGACAAACCGCCUAUGCGGACGUCUAGAAUGAAGAGAAAACCUGAAGGAUUUAAGGAACUACAACAAGUUCAGUGUGCCUGUGUGAGGGAGAGGGAGUGUCCCAGAAGCUGGCACAUUACCAGAGCAAAAAACAUGCCAACAAAGUGAAGCAAUACCUAGCAUGGAAUGGAGACAUUAAAGGGGGAAACAAAGAAGCUAGACGCAGACCAGUUGGGAAGGGCUACCCCUGCAGACGGAAAUGGCGGCUAGUGUUUUGAAGACACCAUCUCUGUCUGCCCGGACAAAACUGCUGUGUCAGACUGGGUUGUCACUUUAUAAUACAUCUCAUGGCUUCCAUGAGGAAGAAGUUAAAAAAAAGCUUGUACAGUUUACUGGUGGAUCCGUUGACCUUCAGAAGAACGAUAAUGGCAUUGGCAUUCUUACUCUGAAUAAUCCAAGUAAAAUGAAUGCAUUCUCAGGUGUUAUGAUGCUACAGCUUCUAGAAAAAGUCAUUGAAUUGGAACAAUGGACAGAAGGAAAGGGUCUCAUUGUCCAUGGGGCUAACAACACUUUCUCUUCGGGGUCUGAUCUGAAUGCUGUGAAAUCACUAGGAACUCCGGAGGAUGGAGUGGCAUUAUGUAUGUUCAUGCAGAAUACCUUAACAAGAUUCAUGAGACUUCCUUUAAUAAGUGUUGCUCUGGUUCAAGGCCGGGCAAUGGGUGGAGGAGCAGAAUUUACCACAGCAUGCGAUUUCAGGUUAAUGACUCCAGAAAGUGAGAUCAGAUUUGUCCAUAAGGAGAUGGGUAUAAUACCAAGUUGGGGUGGCACAACCCGGCUGGUUGAAAUAAUCGGCAGUAGACAAGCUCUCAAGGUGUUAACUGGGGCCCUCAAACUGGAUCCCGAAAAAGCUUUAACUAUAGGAAUGGUUGAAGAGAUCUUACAGUCUAAAGAUGCAACUCAGUCUCUAGAAGAGGCACAAGCAUGGCUACAGCAGUUUAUCAGAGGGCCACCAGAAGUCAUUAGAACAUUGAAAUCGUCUGUUUCCUCAGUCAAAGAGUUAUGCUUAGAGGAGGCAUUAGAGAAAGAGAGAGAUCUUUUAGAAACAGUCUGGGGUGGACCUGCAAAUCUAGCGGCAAUUGCUAAGAGAGAGAAAUUUAACAAAUAGUUUUAUAAAAGGUGAACUAUUACAAGAAAAGCUCCAGUGGUUAAUAUGUAUAAAAAUACAAUGGCAGAAUUACUUUGAAGACUAGUAGUAAUGUUCACAUUUAUUUCUAACAGUGUUUUUGAUAACUUUAUUCUGGUGGAGUUUUCAGUUCAUUUGUCUGAAAAGGGCUUCAAAAAGUUCAUGAAUAAAAAGAUAAUUCAACAUUUCCAUGUACUUCCUGAAGCAUCCUCAUACUUACCAUGAAAUUUGGAACAUUUGAUUAGGGCUUUCAAAGUUUGUGGGGAAAAUCUCAUCUUUUUACUUUAACUUGUUUAUAAAUUUUUGACACUUCCUUGUAUACAACUGUUAGCUAAAAAAAUACUGCUAUCCUCACAUUCCUGUAGUUGUCAGCCAAAAACCAAAAAUGUUUUAGAAGUAGCUUCUAUACAAAAUUCAUUACCAGAGUUAUUUUCCAUAAAAAUCUUUGUCCUUAACUUUCCUCUGGUUCCUAAAUGCUUCCUCCCCGCCCUCACUAUCAUGAUCCGAAUUCGACCUUGCAAGUCUGGCUA